UGUCCCAGAGCACGAUGACUGUUGUGAACCAAGCCAUGCUGCUGCUGCUGGCGGCGGCGCUCGGCACCAACGCAGCACCGGGCCCCGAAGACUGUGGCGGUCUGAACGUAACGCUGCCGCCAAAAGACCUGGACAAGGUUUUUGGGGACUGGGUUCUGGUCUGGGCCGUCUCUGACAACCUUAGAGCCACGGAGCUGCUGGAAAACCUGACCAGCUCCGUCAUCGAGCUCCGACUCCUCCCUGACAACUCCACGGUCGUCUACAACGAGAGGAACUUGUUCCAGGAUAAGUCGUGCACUAAGUACUUCAUCAACAUGUCGAUGCCCUCUGACUCCGACUCUGCUGCUCCUCUGCGCAGUGUCGGCGGCUCGUUCCACAAGGACGGGGUGUUGAGUGAGUUCAAUGACCCUGGGAAAGUGGAGUUCUUUGUGAGCUGCUCCGACUGUCUGAUGAUGGUCUACAGAGGAGACAUUGGCAACUACCUGCUGAGCUACAGGAGGGAGGGGCAGCAUCAGGAUGUGGAGCAGUUGAAAGCGUCCCACACUGAUAACAAGAAGCUGGCUGAGUGUCUGAGAUUCCCUCACGACAAACCGUUCAUCUACAACGGAGCUGCAGAGUUCUGUCCUGAGAAAGAGGCGGAGAAGCUUGAAAGCCCCUGAGUGAAGAGGUCGAUCGGACACAAUCAGUAAUCAAUCAACCAAUCAAUAACAAAUGAAAUAAAAGCCAAUACUGAAACCUGAUGUUUGUGUUUACUUCCUACAUUGAAGAUUUCACCAAGAGUCAAAGUAUUAUCAGCAAAAUGUCAAAAUUAGUAAGUCUUAUUACUAUU